GCCCUGCCUUCCUGACGGGACUCACGUUUUCCUGCUGUGACCUCAAUCUCUCAUCGGACCGUUUCCCCGUGUUUUCCAGCGACGUGUUAGCCGCACAUUGAGCUAAGCUAACAGGACGAGCAGGAGCGAGUUUAGAGCAGCAGACAUGGCCGCAGUCGAAGAGCUGUCCCCCGCUUCAGGCCCGGUGUCCACCCGGCCUCCAGAAAACGAGAUAGACGGCGACGAAGAUGAAGACCUGGAUGAGACCCUGGUGGAGAGGCUGUGGGGCUUGACAGAGAUGUUUCCUGACUCUGUGCGCUCAGCUGCAGAGGUUUCUGCUCAGUGCUCUGUGUCAGUGCUCAAGAAGUUUUACAGCUUUUCUCGCUCUGCGCUCUGGGUGGGCACGACCUCCUUCAUGAUACUGGUUCUUCCUGUAGUGUUUGAGACGGAGAGGCUACAGCUGGAGCAGCAGCAGCUACAGCAGCAGAGACAGAUCCUGCUGGGACCAAACACUGCUGUCUCUGGUGGGAUGUCGGGCAUGAUGCCUCCUGCUCCUGGCAAGAUGUGAAGAGCUGCAGGGGGCGACCUGAUCCUGAGAUCUGCUGCAGCCACACACAGCUGGGCCUUCCACCAGGAGAGACGAGGAGACGACGCAGAAGUGUGCAGAAAGGCAGUUUUCAUUUUAACAAUGGCAAAAACUGCGUUAGGCUCCCUCCACCAUGUCCAUUUGCUCAGAGAAGCAGGUUGACUCUGCACUCGCCCUUUUUUCUUAUUCCCAACAUCACACAGAGACUUGUCUCCUGGAGCACUCUUUUUACUGUUGUUUUUUUAUUUAAUCAUAAAAUACUUAUUUCAGCAUAUAUAAUACAGUUAGUUAUAGAGAUAUCAAAUGUCAGUGCAUACAUGAGGAAGAGGUCAGAAGAUUGUUUUAGUGUCCAAGGAUUGGCUCAUGUUUUGGCAGAAUGUCCGUCUUCAUGUACUUACUGAUUAUACAAGUAUGAAAAACUGAUGGUAGUUACAAAUGACAGCUGUAAAGAAUUGUGACGUGCGUUUUGUCACUUUAUACGUCACAAUUCACAGUAGUGUGUGUGUGUGCACAGUCAGUGUCUCUCCUUUAAUACUUGCCAUCGUCGUUUUGUUUUUCUGCUAUAAACACGAUGCAGCCAAACCAGAUGUUUUCUGCUCUUUAAUAGUCUGUGAAAUGCAUCAUUUUGGAUCAUUUUGUUUUUUCUGUGGUCGUUUAUG